GUUACAUUUUUCGUCCUAAUGAUCUAUUUCUUUAUUUAGAUAGUGUAGCUGUGCUUGUGACCUUCGGCAGUGAGAUGGAGCUGGAGCAUUUCGACGAGCGGGAUAAAUCGCAACGGAACAGCCGAGGAGGGGGCAGGCUGAACGGGGUGACCAGCCCGACACACAGCGCCCACUGCAGCCUCUACCGUUCCCGGACACUCAAGAACCUCAGCUCAGAGAAGAAGGCCAAGAAGGUCCGCUUCUACCGCAAUGGGGACCGCUACUUUAACGGGAUAGUAUACGCCAUCUCAGUGGAGCGGUUCCGGUCGUUUGACGCGCUGCUGGCGGACCUAACCCGCACGCUGUCUGACAAUGUGAAUCUGCCGCAGGGCGUCAGAACCAUUCACUCCGCGGACGGAACCAAAAAGAUCACCAGCACCGAUCAACUGUUGGAGGGCGAGAGCUAUGUGUGCGGCUCCAUCGAGGUCUUCAAGAAGCUCGACUACACCAAGAACGUCAACCCCAACUGGUCUGUGAACGUCAAAGCUUCGUCCGGGGCGGCCGCCCGCGGGCCCCUUUCUCUGGGCAGCUCCAAGGCCGGACCGCCAGACACCCGGGACCAGGGGGUGAAGGAUUUCAUCCGGCCCAAGCUGGUGACGGUGGUGCGGAGCGGGGUGAAGCCCAGGAAGGCUGUACGGAUACUGCUCAAUAAGAAGACGGCACAUUCAUACGAACAGGUCCUCACCGACAUCACGGAGGCCGUCAAACUGGACUCUGGGGUGGUGAAGAAGAUCUAUACACUGGAUGGAAAACAGGUGACAUGUCUCCAAGACUUCUUCGGUGACGAGGACAUCUUCGUAGCGUGUGGACCGGAGAAAUACCGUUACCAAGACGACUUCCAGCUGGAAGAGAGCGGCUCUACAUGCGAACGCCUGGGACUGAUACAGUUCACUGUACCAAAUGACCUGCACAUUGUGAAUCAUGUCCAGCAUGGACCCCUGUCCAAAGAACAACUACCCAACAGAUAUGACGAUGUAUUCAACAUGCCCGUUGAAUCUGUGCCUGGGGAGGUACACUUUGAAGUGGAUGAGAGCACCACUCCAAUCCAGUGUGCUCCUCGCCCAUUGCAAUGA